CCCACUUCCCUUCCUCGCUGGAAAUCGCCACAUCUGACAGGGAGGGAGAGACAGACACCACCACAGAGGGAGAGCGAUCGACCGAAGUCAAGAUGCUGGCACUAAUAAACCGGCUUUUGGAUUGGUUCAGGUCCCUGUUUUGGAAGGAGGAGAUGGAGCUGACGUUGGUCGGCCUGCAGUACUCGGGAAAAACAACAUUUGUAAACGUGAUCGCUUCGGGGCAUUUCAGUGAAGAUAUGAUCCCUACAGUGGGGUUCAACAUGAGGAAGGUCACAAAAGGAAAUGUCACCAUCAAGAUCUGGGAUAUCGGAGGGCAGCCGAGGUUCAGGAGCAUGUGGGAGCGGUACUGUCGGGGGGUCAACGCCAUUGUGUACAUGGUUGACGCAGCAGAUCGAGAAAAGGUGGAGGCAUCGAGAAAUGAGCUUCAUAAUCUAUUAGACAAACCUCAGUUGCAAGGAAUUCCUGUUUUGGUUCUCGGUAACAAAAGGGAUCUCCCCACUGCUCUAGAUGAAAAGCAGCUCAUUGAGAAAAUGAAUCUUGCAGCUAUUCAAGACAGAGAGAUAUGCUGCUACUCAAUUUCCUGCAAAGAGAAGGACAACAUUGACAUCACACUUCAGUGGCUCAUCCAGCACUCAAAAUCCCGCAGGAGCUGAAAAAGCAGGAGAUGUUUUCCAGCCGUGUUUGCCAUGUUACCGUCGUGUCACACCCUCAUCCACUCUGCAACAAUGUGCAGUCGUAUCGUCGCCUCACGUGAUGCACUGUCCUGCUUGUGUUACACUAUUUUUCUAUCUUUCCAUUUCACUUUGUGAUUCUUUCACAAACUCAGCCAAUGCACUACUGAAAAUGUAAUUGUGGUACUAGAUUUAAGGAAUGUAAUUGGCAUUAUACAUCUUGUGAAGCUGUACUGUAACUUGGAGUAUAAACAGUUUUCUGAUCUAUCUUCUACCCUUCUGGCAUUAUCAGGUUUAUCACACUUUAUCCUUGGUAUACGACAACGCCCUCUUGGUUUGGGUUUAUUCUGUCAAACAGGCCUCACCUAACGAGGAACCUUCUUUACGCAGUUAUGAUGCAAGGAGGUGGCCGAUAUAGACUUGAAAGUUUUACAACUUCUGUCAAGAGCUACGCAAUGUGAUCAUCUUCGACAACUGUCGCCCUUAGCUUUAUCAGAUUUUCUUCUUUCAAUGACAUGUCUGUUUUAGAAACGUGUGCAUUUAAGCAGGUCUGUACAAAUAUCAAGCUAGUAUGAUUUUUACUGAUGUGGGAUAUGUGUGUGUAUGAAUAUAUGAUUCUAUUUAAAGUCUGAAUGUACUAAAAGUACGGGGUCGUGUGGUUCGUAUUGGCCUCUGUUUGUAAGUAGCCUCGGUGGAGUGAUGUCCUUUGUGCUGCCUCGAAGCUGAGAGGGUGGCAGAAUCUGAAGUGCCUUGUGCAGUGUCUCUCACCUCUGAAGCGAAGCAGCACGCAAGGUGUACAGUUAAAUAAAUAAAAAAAACACACUAUUCAAGAAAUAAAAAGGCAUGCUUUUUAAUUUA